GGGUUUCCUCGCAUGCGUCAAUGUACUAUAACUCCCGAGAGCACCCGCGCGCUGCAGCCCCAGGCCGAUGUCAACACAGCACAGCUGCAGCCCCUCCCAGACGGGGAGAAGGUCCCGGAGCCGGUGACCGAGGGAGGAUGGAUACGCUGGCUGCCAAUAAGCGCUCACUCUGCGCAUGUUACGCCCAAUAGGCUCCCAGGCGGCCAUUUUGUGCAUCAUGGGAGGGCUGGCAACUUUGGAAGCAGAUGCACGUGACGUGACCCAAAGGUGAACCCAUGGACAGUAACACGUCUGACAGUUUCCACACCACUCUUCCUGCACAAGAUUCAAGAAGUACAUUUAGAGGUGACAACAAUGAGACAAGGAACAGAAAAGGACAGCCUGCGCAGUGUGUAACCAAUGAAUCCACAUCACUUGGAGAACCAGCGACCAAACCAACCAGUGAUUACACACUCACGGAACAUGCACACUCAGACUGUAAGUCUAGUCCUACAAAAUCAGAGUCCGAAUCUUGCGAGGAAGUGUUUGGGAGUAACCAUGAUGAUGCAUUUGCUCAAGUUAAGGAGGAAUCCUUUUCACACGAGGAGGAAAAUUCUAUGGAUGAUAACAUUUUUACAGCAACCGAAUGCACUUCUGUGUGUGUGAAGGAAGAGCCAGACUGGGACGAAGAAGGACACAUGGCAAGUCCUAAUGCCCAACUUUCACACUUAGAGGGCAAAACAGUUCAGGUUAAAGAGGAAGCCAUUAACUCCUUAGAAGGAAGUCUUGCAGACAUUGUGACUUUUACUGUUCCAGAUUAUAGCCCCUCCCAAUACAUGCUCUCUGUUAGCCACAGGAAUGACUGCUCCAGGGAGCAAGGAAACGUAGCUGGCCGAGAAGCUGCCGCAAAGGUGGUGAGUAACCGCUCAGAGUGCCAGAAGCAUUUUGUAAGCGGGAAAGAUCUUCUUACACAUAGGGCAAUACACAAAGGAGAAAACGUGGGUUUCUCACUAAGUUUGACACAAGUUGAUGAUGCUCUUACAGACCAACAGAAACCAGUAAAACUAUUUAUAUGUUCCUACUGUGGGAAAUCGUAUAACCACAUAACUCACUUUAAUGUACACCUGAGGAUUCACACAGGCGACAAACCUUUCUCAUGCAACGAAUGUGGCAAAUGUUUUAUCCGGAAGUCGGAACUUAGCGCUCACCACAGAAUUCACACAGGAGAGAAGCCCUUUGCCUGUUCCAUUUGUGGAAAGAGGUUCGCCAAUCGCUCAAAUGUUAUCUCGCAUGAAAGGAUUCACACAGGGGAAAAACCAUUUGCGUGUCCUGACUGUGGGAAAUGUUUUACAGACCGUUCCGGACUUUAUACUCACAAGCGAGUUCACACACGUGAGAGGCCAUUUUUAUGUUCUGACUGUGGGAAACGUUUCCCUACUAGAUCACAUCUCAUCACCCAUCAGAGAUUUCACACAGGGGAGACUCCCUUUCCUUGUUCCGGAUGUGGGAAAAGUUUUACCAGCAACUCUAUUUUGGCCACGCAUCAGAAGACCCACACUCAGGAGAAAUCCUUUGUGUGCGUGGAAUGUGGUAAAAGUUUUGCAAGUAACACAAAUCUUGCAACCCAUCAGAGAAUACACACAGGAGAGAAGCCAUUUUCCUGUCCUGACUGUGGGAAAUGUUUUUCCGACCGCUCUUGUUUUUCUGUACAUAAAAGGGUUCACACUGGAGUGCAGCCCUACACCUGUGCUCGGUGUGGGAAGUUUUUUCCUAGUCGGUCACACCUUGUCAGGCAUGAGAGAAUUCACACAGGGGAGAAGCCAUUUGCAUGUCUGGAGUGUGGGAAGAGUUUCAACUGUAAGACCAGUCUUGUAGCGCAUCAGAGAAUUCACAGCGGCGAAAAGCCAUUUUCAUGUACUGAGUGUGGGAAGUGUUUUAGGGGCCGGUCAGGGGUUAUUGCCCACCAAAGGAUUCACACAGGCGAGAAGCCAUUUGCAUGUUCGGAGUGUGGGAAAUGUUUCACUGACCGUUCAGGCCUCAUUACACAUCGAAAACUUCACAUAGGGAAUAAACCGUUUGAAUGUCCAGAAUGUGGGAAAUGUUUUGUGCUGAAACACUAUUUGACCAGGCACUUGGCAAAGCAUGUAGUUAGAGUCACUGUUUCCUAACCAUAGACGUGUCUAACACUACUCAUUUCUCUUUCCACACAAUAAACACUUCUCCUUUCCAA